AAAAUGCCAAUGCCAUUGCCAAAUACAAAUUGCUGUUUUUGCAAAUAAUAUGAAUUUUCUGAUCUGUGGUGAAUUAUGAUGUGAAUGGAUAUUGAAUUGUUUGUUGAUUAUUAUUGGGUACAGUCCCUUAAAACAUAUUGAGAAAUAGUAGUAAAAGUAAUUGGGAAUACGUAGCGGAAACCCAAAUGGUGAUGUAGAGUGAUCGCCUUUGUAAUAUCAUGGAAGUUUCAGGUUCAGGUAAGGCACCAAAUACUUCCCUGUCUUUUCGCUACAAAGCCAACAAUGAAGAAUUGGAGCAGCUCUUCCAAGGUUGUGACGAUGACCCUCCCACUCCUCAGCCAGAACCGCCCACCAGAAGUGAGAGCGCUAGUCCAAAAAAAUCAGAGAAAUCCCCCUCCAUAAUAGACAAAUAUUUUAAAUCUAUGAGAACUGAAAAGGCUGUGGAAAAAGUUGAGGAUGUUAAAGCUGAAACAAAAACAGAUGACAAAAAAGGUGAUGUACCUAAAGAGGUGACAUCCUCACCUAUGAAAGAGUAUUUGAAUCGUCUCGGCAAAAGGAGCACGUCAGAAGUUGUAACAGAUGUCAAAGACAAAGAGGCAAAUGAGACAUGGAAAAUAUUUCACGACUUCAAGUUUAAAAUAGCACAGGCUGUUGAAGAUAUGAAGACACGAUCAGUUGAAGAAAAAGACAAAUCAUUACCGAGAGAGAACUCUACAGACUCGGAAGAUAACUCUGCUAUAAAGGACUCUGAUCAACAAAGCAUGGGUGAUACAGACAACCAGGUGUCAUCACUGGACAGUAGUAUACAGAAUUUGUCAGAAGUGACCCAACCUUUAACAGCCAAACCCACAGAAGCUGAUCUCAGCAAAGAAUUGAGUUUCAAAAGCCAUACUGAUUCUAGCGACGACACGCACAAGAAUUUGGCUCGUAGCGACUCAGAUUUAGGAGGCGAUUUACAAGACAGCUUAGAAGUAGAAUCGGGGGUAGAGGCUCUGGAAGACACUAUAGAUGCAUUCGGAGAUGUCAACCAGGUGGAGACAGAUAUUCUUAAUAGAACGCAAGAUACGGAGUCUCGACCUCCGUCGGCGCCCGCAAAUUUUGGUCUACCCCCGAGCAAGAACAAUUUACACAAAGAGAACCCGAGUAAAAACUCAAAAAAAACAUACAUAUUCACAUUUUCGAUGUACUUCCUAACAAUUUUUCUUAUAAUAAACUAUUUGUUAUUCCCGAAUUGUAAUAUAUGGAUUGGAUUCUGGUUGGGGAUUUGGUUCUUCUGUUUAGUUGGUAAUGUAAAAGAUUGGGUGCUGGAUACAUACUUCAGUGAGGAUACGAGGAAAACCGGAUUAUUGCAGUUGAAACGCACCAGUGCUGUGCCAUUUACUUACACGAUACCAUCGGUGAAAGAACAUAGACCACUAAAGAAAUACGAGGGAUGGAUAAAUCAUUACAGGUAUCCUGAUUACGACCCUCAGACAUACCAUAUAAACAAAACAACGACCGCGUUCGUGAAACUAGAAGGUUGCAAUUUAAGGAUAUCGUACACAAGUACAAAAAUAGCAAAAAGAGCGCUGUGGGAUGAAAAGAUAGAGAAGAUAACGUUCUACCAGCACAGACUAUACAACCUCACAGGAGCGAGAGUUAUAAUGCUGCCCUACGGACUAGUCAAGAGACGACAAUGGAGCAAAAAAUACCCAAUCUGUGUAAUAUUAAACGAAAGGGAAAAAAUACAAGUACUAGAAAAAGAAAACGCAAUCGAAAAGAAAACAGCCGAAUCUACAGACAAGAAGAGCAAAGACCAAUCUCAAGAAAUGGAUAUCCCGGAGAUUAAUGCUAGUCCUGAAAAAAAGAAGAAGUUUGUUUGGAGAAGACGAGAAAGGAGUAUAUCUCGUAAUGAAGGUGAAACGGGAAAAGAGGGUCUACGACAUAGAAUAGUUAGGAAAAUGCACAGAGAUAAAAAGGCAGACAGCACAUUGACUUCCGUUGAACCCGAAGCUCAAGGCCAAUCGGAUAAGAACACGCAGCUAGAUGAAGCAGAAACAGAAGUGGAAAUCCGAUCCAAGGAAGACGAAGAGGAAUUGGACGACAGCGAACUCACGAAGAUAAAGGAGUUUUUGGAAGAAUCGGAAAACGACCCCAUCAACGAAGGCACCGCAGAAGGGGAAUGGAGCAUACACGUCAAACAAUCGAGAGACAAGCAUUCGCGGUUAUUCCUCUUCGCGCGCACCGGCAGAGACAAACACGAAUGGUAUCGCCGUCUAGUCACAGCGGUGUCGGAGGCGAAUGCUUCGCAGGACAACUCCAGCUCGGACGACAGGUCUGGCAGCGACACUGUGCAGGAAACUAAAGAUGGCGUCGAGUUGACCGUCUACAAGUUCACUGAGAAGGACACGGUUGCAUUUGCUAAGAGUAAAACGAACGAUUCGAUAACAGAAGGAGUCACCAUUACUACGCCGUCACAUCCAGUGCCCACCAGUGUUGACUCGUACGAGAAAUCUUUUUGGCCUUACCUGCAGAAAAUCAUACAGACGCAAAGUGUAUCACCUGACUGCGCGUGUCGCUCGCUGCCCGCGGAGGCGACGUGGGUGAACUCUCUGGUGGCGCGACUCAUGUAUGACGUCAUGCGGGACCCCAAGAUGGUAGCACGCGUACAGAACAAGAUUCAGAGGAAGCUUAACACAAUGAAGUUGCCAUCAUUCAUGUCGCCCUUGAUAAUAACGGAGCUGCGUCUGGCGGGCGCGUGCCCACUGUUGGGCGGCGUGGGCGCGCCCACGUGCGACACGCGCGGCCUGUGGCUGCACUCCAACCUGCGGUACGACGGUGGCGCCACCAUCACCAUACUCACCCAGAUAAACCUUAUGAAGCUGAAGGAGAAAAAUGUAACAUUAGAAGAUCAAUUGAUGGAAACAAAUGAAAAUGUAAUAGAAACUGAAAUUCAGCUCGACCCGAGAGGAUCGUGUGUUUCGCCGGAUUUGAAGAGAAGAAAACCCGCCAUCUAUGAUUCGGAUGCGGAAGACUCGGCCGAGUCCAGCAGCGACGACGAGAGCCCGCCGGUGCAGCCUGUCGACAGUGCUGAGAACAUGCUGGUCUCGGAAACUAACUUGGCAACACCUGAAGGCGGCUCAUCAAAGAAGAAAUUCCUUCGUAUGGUGGACAAGAUUGCUACCAAUAAAUAUUUCCAACAGGUAACCGACUACAAGUACGUGAAGCGCGCAAUGGAAGGGCUAUCGAACACGGACAUAAAGCUGCAGCUCGAAGUGAACGGGCUGGAGGGACGGCUGGCUAUAAACUUGCCCCCGCCGCCGCACGACCGACUGUGGAUUGGGUUCUCAACUAACCCGCAACUGGUGCUCAAAGCACGGCCGGCAGUGGGGGCAAGAGCUCUCCGUUUCGCGCACAUCUCCAACUGGAUAGAGCAGAAGCUCACUAGAGAGUUCGAGAAGGUUCUCGUUUUGCCCAACAUGGAGGACAUCAUUAUAGAUGUGCUCACACCUACGCCUGUUGAGUUCCAAUAAAAUAAGUGACUGCUCGUUUACAAGUUUGAGACAGUUCUCAUUUUGCCCAACAUGGAGGACAUCAUUAAAGACGUUGAGUUCCAAUAAAAUAAGUGAGUGCUCGUUUAGAAGUUUGAGAGGGUUCUCGUUUUGCCCAACAUGGAGGACAUCAUUAUAGAUGUGCUCACACCUACGCCGGUUGAGUUCCAAUAAAAUAAGUGACUGCUCCUUUAGAAGUUUGAGAGGGUUCUUAUUUUGCCCAACAUGGAGGACAUCAUUAUAGACGUGCUCACACCUACGCCGGUCGAGUUCCAAUAGAAUAAGAGACUGGUCGUUUAGAAGUUUCAGAGAGUUCUCGUUUUGCCCAACAUGGAGGACAUCAUUAUAGAUGUGCUCACAGCUACGCCUGUUGAGUUCCAAUAAAAUAAGUGACUGCUCGUUUACAAGUUUGAGACAGUUCUCAUUUUGCCCAACAUGGAGGACAUCAUUAAAGACGUUGAGUUCCAAUAAAAUAAGUGAGUGCUCGUUUAGAAGUUUGGGAGGGUUCUCGUUUUGCCCAACAUGGAGGACAUCAUUAUUGAUGUGCUCACACCUACGCCGGUUGAGUUCCAAUAAAAUAAGUGACUGCUCCUUUAGAAGUUUGAGAGGUUUCUUAUUUUGCCCAACAUGGAGGUCAUCAUUAUAGACGUGCUCACACCUACGCCGGUCGAGUUCCAAUAGAAUAAGAGACUGGUCGUUUAGAAGUUUCAGAGAGUUCUCGUUUUGCCCAACAUGGAGGACAUCAUUAUAGAUGUGCUCACACCUACGCCGGUUGAGUUCCAAUAAAAUAAGUGACUGCUCCUUUAGAAGUUUGAGAGGGUUCUUAUUUUGCCCAACAUGGAGGACAUCAUUAUAGACGUGCUCACACCUACGCCGGUCGAGUUCCAAUAGAAUAAGAGACUGGUCGUUUAGAAGUUUCAGAGAGUUCUCGUUUUGCCCAACAUGGAGGACAUCAUUAUAGAUGUGCUCACACCUACGCCUGUUGAGUUCCAAUAAAAUUAGUGACUGGCUGUUUAGAAGUUCGAGAGGGUUCUCAAUUUGCCCAACAUAUAGGACAUCAUUAUGGAUUUGCUCACACCUGCGCCGGUCGAGUUCUAAUAAAAUAAGUGACUGGUCGCUUGGAAGUUUGAGAGAGUUCUCGUUUUGCCCAACAUGGAGGACAUCAUCAUAGGCGCUCACACCUACGCCGCCGACGGUGGAAUUCCAAUAAAAUAAGUGACUGCUCGUUUAGAAGUUUGAGAGAGUUCUCGUUUUGCCCAACAUGGAGGACAUCAUUAUUGAUAUAUGCACACCUACACCCUAUGUGAUCAACGAUCGUUUUGAAUGGUAUUUCUAUAUCUUUGAUAUAAUAUAAUAGUUAGGAAUUAUACCAGUUAUUAGCUUUGGCCUGAUCGCUGUAACAAAGUAAAUCAACAUAAAAUAAUAAUAUUGAACCUUUCUUUGCAACAUCUCUUCCUAAUCAAUUUUUUCAUAUUUUUACCAUAAAUUUCAGCAUAUACCACGAUUGAUUAAUGCAAAAAUUUAAAUAGUUGUGAUGUAUUUUUUCCCCAAUUUCUUUGGGUUAUUUUCUGCCCACCGCGUCGCUACUUGUUACAGUAUUCAGGCAUAUCCCAUACAACACGCCCAAAAACGUGUCAUACAAAAAUGAACUUUAUGUCGUAGUGCGUGGAUACGAUUUUCAAAAAACAUGGAAAUAUAGAUACUUUAAACGCUCUGCGUGAGUCAUUGCAAAAUAUAUCCAAUGCGUACCAUUUAAAGUCCACAUUUGAAUGUCUGUGUAGUAGAGUUUCAUAAAGUAUUUUUUUUAAGUCGUCAAUAUUACGAUUCCUAAUUUGAUCAGUCAUACUUUAUAAUUAUAAUAUAAGGCUUAGAAGCAGCGAUUGUUGCAUUUAUUUGAUACUGCUAGUUGUAAACUUAUUUAUAUUCUUAUAGUAGGGGAGCCGAAGAGGGGAUUUAUGCAGUUACUCGAGCGCGGCAGAUAAACUUAAGGGAGUAUACCUUGCACGUUGUUGAGUACCUCCACCAAGUAUGAGCCUUUAAUAUUGGUGAGUACGUUUAGGGCAACCAAAAAUACCUAACUUCAUAAAUACCAGCACGUCAGAUUAAGAUAAAGUAGGUGAGUUGAUAGCCAAAAACUGCACAUUUUGAAAAUCUGAUGAUUUGAGCGUAACGUAAUGGAAUGGAAGGGUUUCUAAGUUACAAAAUAAAACCCUUAUAUUUUAGUUCUCGAGUUACGCGUUUAAUUUUUUACUUGUUUUAAAGGAAUUAACCUUCUAAUUAAUCGUAAAAAUUUUCUGACAAUAAUUUCAGUAAGCCAAAGUAAUAAAAAUUGCUUUUAAAGUCUGUAGUUUUUUCUCCACCGCUAAAAGCGAAAAAAGUAAACAACUAUUUAUUCUUCCUAUAAUUUAAUCUACCAAAUGCAAUCGGUCCCCAUGACGCUCGAGUAACUACAAGUUUAGCAUCCCGGGCUCCCCUACUAUUAUUAAAUUGUUCGACUGAAGAAUUAUAUGUGAGUUGCUUUUGUAAACCUUGGUAUAUAAUAUGAAGUUGUAUAAAAAUUGUAUGUUUACCUCUCGUGUGUUACCUACUUAUUAUAUAUAGAAUAAUUAAAAUAUGCGAUUGUAUAUGUACAUUAUAUGUAUGUAAUAUAUCUCUCUAUACUUUCUGUAGUAUUUUAUAUAUUAACUUAAAAGUAACUCAUGUUUUUAAUCAUAAGUAGGAAUAAAUUAGAAAUGGUGGUAUUUUUCAUUUUAUGUUACCGUGUAUAUGUAAUAACUGUAUACAAUAUUUAAAAAUAACAUUUCGUGUAAAAAUUUGCCAGUACCUAUUAGUGCGAAUUUUUUUAACAUUUAAAAAUAAUGAAAACUACAAGUAAAUAACUAAAAUAAACUAAAUUUUAGGGUGAUAUUUCAAACAAUUCAAUAAAAACUCAAACAUACACAUUUUCGUACAUAAAAUCACAGCCAAGCUCAAAAUAAUCAUCUCAAAUAAAGAAAAUACAACGUAAAUAAUGAAAACAAAAAAAUAGUUAGGUUCCCUAUAAUAUAAAAUAUGAUUUUUUUUUUUUAAUUUUUAAACUAUCAUUUGUUUUAUAUAAUAAUUCUAUAGAAAAUAGAAUUUAGUUAGAAUUAUUAUUGUUUUCUAAUUUCACAUAGUAUUACUAUUUUGGUAUUAAGGAUGUGAAUUUUUUCUUUGAAUUUCUUAAAUAUGAAUAAAUCUUAUAAAAUAAGGCAAGAAAUUUCUAAAAUAUAUUUACAUCAAAAUAUAAUUGUCAGAGCUUCCUAGAGAUUAAACAAUACUUUGACAAUAAUAAAUUCCCAAAACACAUUUAUAAAUAACUAUAAUAUAUACGUAAAACUUAAAUUUCAAAACGGCAAUAAGUAGGACAAGAUACCAAUUUACAUCAAUCUUCUCACAUAGUGUUUUCUUAUAAAAUGUAUAUAAUUAUUUUAAACAAUAUAUUGUAUUUAAUAAGUAAAAUAUAAUACAGUUUUUACAUAUUUCAACCUAAUUAAAACAAUUUAAUUUAUUUUACUUCAUUAAAAUUGAUUUAUCGAAUUCGAGGCAGUAUCAUAUGAUUUGUAUGGGUAAAUUUGUUAUAGCUUGGCAAUUUCGUUCGUAACACUUCCGGUGGUCGCGCGGGCCGGAAGGGGGGUAGCGAAACCCCGCGCGCACGACUUUAUACCCGCGCAGUCCUUUCCCCCGACGCCCGCUUAUCAUGGGAGUGUCAUCAACAAACUUGCCAAGCUAUAAUAAUACAAUUACAUAAUGAUACAGAUCUUCUUCCGUUGUUUAGUUGAUUAAAAUUAAUUAAUAUAGAACAUUGAAUAACCUUUUUUUUAAUUUGAAAAAAUAACCAAAGAGUUUUGGAGUGGUUAUCAUAUCAGCUCUUGUUUUGUUUUAGUAUACAUUAUAUUAUUGCAUAAUAUGUUUAUAGGAAUCACGAUGAGGGUAGACAGAGGUAAGUUGGGAUCAUGUACUAAUAAAUUUAAACAGUGUUAUUAAUAUUUAGAUUUAUUUAUUUUUAACCGUUGACUGUCUUUCUAAAUAAUAAACUUUAUUGUAAUGGUACUGAAGGUUUGAUCGCGUUUGUUCACUGCCAAAUAGCCGCAAUCUUAGAAUUGAAUAUUUCCUUUUGAUUUUUAAAUAGUACAAGUAAAAAAAAAUAAUCUAAGUACGCUUUGCAACCGGUCGGGUAGGUCGUAGACAAUUUCAUAUAGUUAGUUUAGACUAUAUCAUUGAUUCACACAUCUCGUGUAAAUAUUAGAAAAAAAUGUCGAAUUGUUGUUAUGAUUGAUAAGUCAUCAGAUUUAUUUCAUUUACGCUUGCGAUGAACGGGGAAUCAAUGCUAUUAUGGUUACGGUGAGGAGCGAGGGGGAGCGCUUAAGGAGCAUUUUUAUAUUGAGAAUAGAUAGACAAAUCAAGCAGUUAACCAGCUUGGUUUUAACUGGCAAAUCUCUACUUACGACAGGGCAUUAAGAUACAGUGUGUAUCUAUUUGGGGCGUCGGUAAUCUUCAUGUGACUAUCCUGGGAAAACUGAAAAUGGCCACUGAUGCAGAAAUCCUACAUAAUAAGACCUCUUUCUCAGCAGAUUAAGCCGUUGCCCGUCAUAAAAAAGAAAAAAAUAGGUCUCAUGUACGCUGGCUACAAGAAUAAACCGCUAUAAUCAUAUUACAUCCACUGAGAAGAAUUCACAUCACACAGAUGCUUUGCCAAUUUUUUCUUUCUGCUACACGAUAGUUCCAAAACCAGCGUAAAAUGCUAAAAUAUUCGUCUCUUUAUAUUCUAAACUAAAUAACUGAGACUCUUAACUUAUGCCAACUAUCCCCUGCUUCCCCUAAGACGCGUCCUACGAAUCUAUAGCAAUUGCCCCAUCUAAAUCUUUAAAAAUAAAUCGCACAACAAUUCUUGCCACUUCGUUUAUUUUAUUAUAUCGGUAUUUAAAUAAAACAGAAGGCAUUAUGAGAAACUGAUAAUGAUGUUUUUAAAUAAUAAAAAAGUAGGUUUUAAACCAAAGGCUGAACGUAUUUGCUCAUGAAGUUUUGCGACUAUGUUUUGACUGAUAUUGGUUUCUGUAUAAAUUGAUAUCGUAGGCGGAGAAACUAGUAAAUUAUAUGCUAGAUAUGUUUUGAAAAACGUAUCUCAAAAUAUAUAUAUAUCGUUAUAGUACCACUCUUAUCUGAUCUACCCCUCUAGCCAAAUGGCACGUCGAUUCUCUUUCUGCGAUCGCUAACGCUUCGAAAACUAGAAAGAUGUAUGGGAAUGACAUUUGCUAUAACUAAAUGUUAAAUCAUAUAUCAUAUAUAGAAAAUCAGUUUUUAUAAUAUUGAUAUUUAUAUUGAAAACCAAAUAAUUAAGCAGGUCGUCGGACUGAUGUUCGAAUACGAAUAUCGUGUGAGUUUUGUUUUGACAGCCACAGGUCAUUUAAUACGAGUUGUCGACAGUGACUGCCCAUGACUGAUGCAAUUGACUUCUGGGCCCAGCCCCACGCACACGAUUUUACACCCCCACAGUCAUGCAUCCCCCGUCGCCCGCAUACCAUGGGAGUGUAAUUAACGAGCUUGCCAAGCUUUAACGUCGUGACGAAUUCUCUAGUUUUUAGUUUUUUGUUUUUUUUUUCUUUUUUUAGUGAUCGAAGAAUUGGCAUGCCACUUGGCUACAGGGGCAGAUAAGUUUGUGGCGCUAUACGUGAAGUUAUUGUGUAUUGAAUCUUUUUAAUUGAAAGCGAUGUACUAUUGGUCGACAAUAUGUUUUUUUUCUUCACGAGGUAUAUGUCAUUGACCCAUGCCAAGCCUUACUGGUCUAUAAGUUUCUCUGUCUACGAUACUCUGACUCUCCCGUACUUUUAUCGUGCUAUCUCGUAUGAUUUAUAUCGAUCGACACCAAUGAUUGUCUUAUGAAGGUUUUUGGAUUAAUGUUUAAGAUUUUUCUAUUUUCAAAUUAUAUUUAUCUACGAGUAUGUAUAACCAAAAUUUAAUGUGCAUUUAAAAUGUACUUUAUAUUUAUUAUUCUUAUUCUAUAACAUAUCACAAUAAUGUAAAUUAUGUACCUGUUACGAAAAUAUAAAUAUAUUUUAUUCAAUAUUUUGUAUUUCUAUAAUAUAUCUGCGUAAUAUUUGUUAUUUUAUGGUAAGAUUUAAUUUUAUUCUCAGUUUUCUUUGCUUCUGAAGUUAUAAAGCUUUUGUACAGUGUAUUUUAUUUUUUUUUAUUAUUAAAUUAUAGUUAUGUAUAUUUAUAAUACUUCCUAUAUUACAAAGAUAUUACCUACUCUUAUGUAUUGUCUGAAAAAUUGGGAGUUAUAUGAGUAAUAUUAGUCAAAUAAUUAUUCUUUGUUUGUGGUAUUAGGUGCGCCAACUGGGCACAAAUUAUUUUUAUGAUUUCAAUUAGUAAUUUAAUUAGUACUAAUAGUAGUCGGGUCAACAAUGACAAAAAAAAUCGAAAAAAAUCCUGGACCUGUGUACAUUCGCAAGCUUUAUUUGUGCUUAUAGCUUGGCAACUUCGUUCGUAACACUCGAUGGUUCACGCGGGCCGGGGGGCGUGUAGCGAUGAAUGAAAAACCCACGACUGAUGCACCUCACUUCGCCGCACGCACGUUUUCACACCCGCGCAGUCUUACCCCCCGUCGCCCGCAUACCAUGGGAGUGUAAUUAAUGAACUUGCGAAACUAUAAUAGAAGAAGACUUGCAAUUGAACAUAAUAUUAAUAUUAUUGAAAAUGUUUACUGUUUAGGUUGAUAAACGAAAACAGACUUUAAAAAUAAUAAAUAAUGAAAAAAAUUGUAAAUUAUUAUUAUUUGUUAUACGAUUAAUCAAUGUUUUGUAUUGCUCUCUGACUUUCAUGAAUAAUAAUUGCAUUAUUAACAAAGGUAAAAAGCGUAUAACCCGGUUGUCGGAAUUUACAUUAAUUUUUUUACCCUAUUUAAUAUAAUUAAUUAGUUUUAUAUUACACCCUUUUCGCUAGUGAUUGAUUGCUUUUUACGGGUACGUAGAUGGCGAUUGUGUAUUUCUUUGCUUUAAUUAUUUAAUUGUUUUUAUUUAACACAAAACACCAAUACGUUGCUAAGCGCACCUCAAUAUAAUUUAAGUGUUGUGUGAGUUCUUUUUGUAAUAUUUUUCUACGUUAGAAAGGUAUUUUUAUGAAGCUUAUUUAAUAACUUUGCUAAUAACAUUACCAAAAAGACAAUGUCUUACGUUUAUUGGGCUCAGAGGAUUAAUAAAGAAUUUUCAUCUAUCAAUUUAUAUUGAAUUUUCGGUUGAAAAUGUAAGCCUGAUCCUACAUUUAUUGCAAAAACCAGUUACAUGCGGGAAUUAGUUAAUUUUUAUGUGCUAUUUUAUAACACCAACUUAUGUGCUUAUGAUUUUAUUAUAUAAAUCCUAUGAUUUAUCAUAUUUGUACAUUUAUUUGAUUGUAGCUGCGAUCACAGUCGUCGAAACAACAAAAUGUACCAAAAACAUACGCUAUAAUAAUUGGUAUAUGUAUAUAGUUUAUCAAAUUAUAAAGUGUUUAUGUGAUAUUAUAUUAUAGUUAAGAGUUAAACCGUGCCGAGUAGUUUUUCUAUGUGGUAUCAGUUGUGAUUUUGUCUAUAAAUAAAUUGCUAUAUUUAAUAUGA